AUGACAGCUGCCCCAGAAACUGUCACUUCCAAGCUUACUUGGUUGAUAACCGGCUGCUCCUCCGGCUUAGGGCUCUCUCUAACCCGUGUCGCCCAAGCGGCCGGCCACAGAGUCAUCGCAACCAGUCGUAACCCCUCACGAACACCCGAGCUAGUCGACGAAAUCGAAAACGAGGGUGGAAAAUGGAUGCGGCUGGACGUGGACAAUCCGGACAGUGGUAAUGUAAUCGACGAGCUCGAAAGGAGCGGCGAGCAGAUCGACGUCCUGGUCAACAACGCCGGUUACGCUAUUUACGCACCCAUCGAGACCGCAACUGAGGAGGAGGUGAGGGCACAGAUGGAGACCAUGUACUUUGGGCCCCUGCGUCUGAUUCGUGCCGUUCUGCCGUAUAUGCGCCGGCGAAAAUCUGGUGUUAUUGUCAACAUCAGCAGCGGAGCUUCGCUGGACGGGAUUCCCACCAUGGGUGUGUAUGCAGGGGCGAAGGCUGGCUUGGAUGCCUCAACCAGGAUCCUGGCGAAAGAAGUCGCUCCUUUCAACGUCCGCACCCUCACCGUUGUUCUUGGAACCUUCAACACCAACAUGCUCAGCUCGGUAGUGACGGGCAAGACUCCACUUCCGGACGACUACAGUGCGACAAUCACCGAACAAGUCCAGGGGCUGCUGGCAAGCGGGAAGAUCAGGCCCAACGGCGACAAGGACAGAGCAAUGAAUGCUUUGUACCAGGUUAUUGUGGGCAAGGAAUUUGGUAAUGGUCGCGAGACUGAGAAACUCCUUCCUCUGGGGAGCGAUAUGGCUCCGAGGUUCAAGGGAGUUCAGGAUUAUCUUGGACAUGCUCUGGAGGUGUUUGGGGCGGUGACUUGUAGCGUGGAUGUUGAUAAAGAGUAG